AUGCUGUCCCGACAGCUCGUCCGCGCCGCCUGCAGGACAGCAGCCUCCUCUCCGGCCUCGCGCCCUGCCCUCGCCUCCAGCAGCACCGCCGCCCUCCAGCAGCAGCGGAGGACGUACGCCACGCCGUCGGGCCCGCCGCCCAAGGGCUUCCGGCUGCCGGCCCCGACCGAGUGGGACCAGGAGAAGGAGGGCACGAUGGACCGGGUCGGCAAAUACUUUUUGCUGACCGAGAUGGCGCGGGGCAUGUAUGUCCUGAUGGAGCAGUUCUUUAGGCCGCCAUACACUAUUUUCUACCCCUUCGAGAAGGGCCCCAUCUCCCCCAGAUUCCGCGGCGAGCACGCCCUGCGGAGAUACCCCUCUGGCGAGGAGCGCUGCAUCGCCUGCAAGCUCUGCGAGGCUAUCUGCCCUGCCCAGGCCAUCACCAUCGAGGCCGAGGAGCGCAUGGACGGCUCGAGGAGGACGACGCGCUACGACAUCGACAUGACCAAGUGCAUCUACUGCGGCUUCUGCCAGGAGUCGUGCCCCGUCGACGCCAUCGUCGAGUCGCCCAAUGCCGAGUACGCCACCGAGACGAGAGAGGAGCUGCUGUACAACAAGGAGAAGCUGCUGGCCAACGGAGACAAGUGGGAGCCGGAGCUGGCGGCUGCCAUCCGUGCUGAUUCUCCCUACAGAUAA